AUGAGAGUCACCAGAGUGUUAAGACAGGCCGAGGAGGUCCUCGUCAAGGCUGCUUCCGGUUACCCAACCGGUUUGGCCGGUUUGUACCAGCACCCAAACCCAAGACCAGCAUUGAUUUCCCUUUAUACUCAUACCUUGUCUUUCCUUACGAAAAACUUCCCAGAGCAUUCCGUCUACAGACAGUCUGUGGAGGCCAUGACCAAGAACAGAUUGAAGAUUGUUGAAGAGAACGAAAUCAACGAGGUUAUUGAAAACAAGAUUGGUGGUGGUUUGAUUGAAGAGAUUGUUGUGCAGGCCAACGACGAGUUGCACUUGGCUAGAGAGUUGUCCCAGUUGAAGGCAUGGGAAGAAUUGGAGGAGAAGCCAUUGGAGGACCAGUGGACGUACUUUGGUAGAAAGAUCAACCAGUAA